AUGUUUAUUAUCAACUGGUUUCAAGACGUUUUGUCUUCUUUAGGUUUGUGGAAUAAGCAUGCAAAGUUGUUGUUCCUUGGUUUGGACAACGCUGGUAAGACCACCUUGUUGCACAUGUUGAAAAAUGACAGAUUGGCUACGUUGCAGCCUACGUUGCAUCCUACCUCCGAGGAGUUGGCGAUCGGCAACGUGAGAUUCACAACUUUCGAUUUGGGGGGACACCAGCAGGCGCGUCGUUUGUGGAAGGACUACUUUCCUGAAGUCAACGGAAUUGUCUUCUUGGUUGAUGCUGCUGACCCAGAGAGAUUGGCCGAAUCGAGGGCUGAGUUGGAGUCCUUGUUCAAGAUUGAGGAGUUGGCAAACGUUCCAUUCUUGAUUUUGGGUAACAAGAUCGACUCUCAGGAUGCUGUUAACGAGACUGAUUUGAAAGCCGCUUUGAACUUGUAUGGUACCACCGGUAAGGACGGUCAAAAGUUGCCUGAGAACGUCAGACCGAUUGAGGUUUUCAUGGUUUCUGUUGUCAUGAGAAUGGGCUACGGUGAGGGUUUCAAAUGGUUAUCCCAAUACAUCUGA